GUUUAUAAAAAUUUCAAGUAAUUUUAAAUUUGGCAAUGAAUUAAAUAAAUUUAUAACCCAUCAUCCUCUCCUGCUACGAAAAUUUCAAAAUUCUCUGAACUCCAAGUCGAAUCGCCGAAAUCAUCAAUGGAAACGUCAAAUGGAGUUGAAUCAACGGCGUCGCAAAGUCAUACCCACAUUGGUGUAUUUGAAUAAUCCCUGGACGUAUUGGAAGGCCCGGUUCAAUUUGAUGAAAAUGCAAAUGUUUUGGGAUCGCGAAUUUGUCGAAGAGGAAUUUAUUCGUGGUGCCAAGAAGGCGGCGGUGGUUUUAACCGACAUAAUACGCAAUCAAAACUUGACCAGCAUUAGUAAAUUCACCACACCCUUGGGAUAUCAACAAAUCACGCGAGACAUGAUGCUCUCAAGGGAUGAUGUGCGACUGAAGUUGGUGCGAUUUGAUACCGAACACAUACGAAGGGCCAUACCAAUGAAGGUGGUUACGAAAGUUAAUUAUGGUCGCAAAUACUGUUUCAUUGACAUGAUGUUUGUGGGCCUACGAAAUACCAAAGAUUUCGAUUCCAUAGAAGAACUUGUCGAAGUCAAUCGAAUUUUGCAAUUUCUGGAUGCAGAUUUGCGUCUAACACAAGAAGUCAUCUCCACACCCCAUCGCAUUAUAUUUGCCGAAAUUUUUAUACGAUUUCGCCGAGAUUGUUCCGAGAAUUCGCUGGAAUAUUAUCACCAACAUCCCAGUCGCUUUGCACACGAAAAAGAUUGGGCUGUGGGUUUUUAUAAAAUUCUCUCCUUUGAUGUUUUCCAUUUCAAUCCAAAAACAUAA